UGUAAACUAAACAUGCAAAUUUCAGAUGCUCACUAAUGCCGCGAAAACUGUGCUAUUUUGAUAAUGUUUAUCGCAGACAGUACACCAAACAAAAUCAUGUACUGCAGUACACAGCUAAAGAUUGUAAAGAAUUGUUGCAAAGAUUACAGAUACAGAACAAGAUUGAAGUUCACACUGGAUGCGUUAACACUAUAGCAUGGAAUGAGUCUGGUAGUUUGCUUCUGUCUGGCGCAGACGAUCACAAUUUAGUGAUCACAAAUCCAUUUAAGAAAUAUCCGGAUACAACUUUGAUCCAUACUCCACAUACAGCUAACAUAUUCUCAGCAAAGUUUCUUUCUGACAGCGGAGAUGCUAAACUGGUUUCCUCUGCUGGUAAUGGUCGAAUUGUGUACACUGAUGUUUACAAACAAGAAGAAUCCAGUUCUCUUAACUGUCACACAGGUGCUGUUUAUGAGGUUCUCCAUGUUCUUGGUGACCCACAUAGUUUCCUAUCUUGUGGAGAGGAUGGAACAGUUCGUUGGUUUGAUACCAGACUCAAGAUAUCUUGUUCAGAACCAGAUUGCUGUCAGGAUGUAAUGAUACAAUGUGACAGAGGAGUGCCUUCAAUCUCUCUAAAUCCCGUUUUUUCUUAUGAAUUAGCAGUAGGGUGCUCAGACGGUUGUGUUAGGUUGUAUGACAGGAGAAUGCUUUCUACACGAUUAUCAACUUGUGAUAAAAAUACAGGACUAUCAGGGUUGAUAUCUAAGUUUAGUGUACCCAAAAAAGAUGGUUUAACCAGAAAAAUUACAUCGGUGGAUUUUAGACCAGAUGGUCGCGAAGUUUCUGCUUCAUUCUCAUCCGAUCAUAUUUAUAUCUUCGAUCCAAAGAAUAAUGAAGGAAGCCAAGGAAGGAAACUAAAAGUUGGAAGGCCAAGCAGAAAAACUUCAGCUAAAUCAAGAGCAAGAAGCCCCCAACCUAUGAAGAAACUGAGAUUAAGAGGUGACUGGUCAGAUACUGGUCCAAACUCCAGACCUGAGAUUGAGACCAGGAGUUCCCAGGAGAGUGCUGGUGUCGAACCUGACCGGAAUAAUGCUCAAGCUGCACUUAUGCAGAGGAUGACACACGCGCUGUCAAGAAUGUUAAAUGAUCCAGGAACAAGACAAGCACUGCAUCGUUUACCUAUCUCAUCUGCUUCUCCAGUCUUACCUAGCCUUCAAACUGUUGUUAUACCUUUUGAAGCUGCCCAUGAUACCCAACCCUCCCUAUCUGCUCCAGAUACCCAUCCUACCCAACCUGCUCAAGAUACCCAUCCUACCCAACCUGCUCCAAAUACCCAACCUGCUCCAGGUACCCAUACUACCCAACCUGCUCCAGGUACCCAUACUACCCAACCUGCUCCAGAUACCCAUCCAACCCAACCUUCCCAACCUGCUCCAGAUAUACAUCUUACCCAACCCUUUCAACCUGCUUCAGAUACCCACCCAACCCAACCUUCCCAACCUGCUUCAAAUACCUAUCCUAAUCACCCCUCCGUGUUCACUACCCAACUCUCCUUAGCUGCUCAAUAUGAAGAAUUAGAUGAAGAUGAAGAACAUACUGAAGAAUCUCAUAAUGAAUCUCCUAACCUUUUACAUAAUAAUACUGACUGUGAUGAAAAUAACUCAACAGAAGGUGCUAGUGCGCUAGUUCAGCCACUGCAACCAGUUUCUCAGAACAAAUCUCCAAUACCUGCUCAGGAAAAUGCGGGAAAUGAAGAUCAGGAAUCUACAAAUGAGAAUCCAGGUGUCACUAGUGAAGCAGCAGACAACUGGUCGGUGCUACGAAGAUCAGUUACAAACCUUAGAAAUUCAGGGUUGGAACCUACCCUACAGUUUAGGGUUCAAGAUUCCGGUUCAUCAUCAAGCUCUAUCAGAGUCGAUUCAGAACCUUUGCCAGGUCCCAGUAGAGUAGUGACAGGACCAGGACGGGUUGGUAUAGACCCUGAGACUGGACUUCGGAGGAGAAGACAUGGAGUAUCCUCCGUCCCAACCUCAUCUAUUUUACAUGGUGCGUCUGCUGUCCCAACCUUGCAUAGCCACUCGGAUUACAGGAGAUCAGGGGAGGAUCCAGGUGACAUAGAGUAUGAAGAUGAUUCUGACACAGAUCUGGAUUCUACUGGAGAUCUUGAGUAUUCAGAUUGGAAUCCCGGACGAACUAUUCUACAGCCAUUGGUCAAUCAACAGCUUAGCGGUCACAGGAAUGUGAGAACUAUGAUAAAAGAGGCGACCUGGUGGGGGAAUAAUUAUAUACUUUCUGGAUCUGAUUGCGGCCAUCUUUUUGGUUGGGACCGUAGCACUGCAGAGAUAGUUGUCAUGCUGGAAGCAGACAGACAUGUUGUUAACUGUGUUCAGCCACAUCCCACCUUACCUCUGGUGGCAACUUCUGGAAUUGAUUAUGACAUAAAACUCUGGUUUCCUACUGCAGAAUGUUCUACUUUUGAUGAGGAAAAGGCCCAGGUUGUUUCCAGGCGGAAUGAGGUAAUGUUGGAGGAGAUGAAAGAUACGAUAACUGUCCCUGCCUCCUUGAUGAUUAGGAUGCUGGCAUCAUUAAACCAGAUCAGACGAGGACAAGGGAGCAGUAAUGAUCCCGGCUAAAAUGGUUUCAGUUCGUAGUGCAGAGAAGUUUGAAUGUAUUUCCAUUAAUGAAAACUGGGAAGAAGAUCAUGAAUUUUAUUGUGAUUUCUGAUGAUUCGUUGAAUGCACAAGAUUUUGGAUUCCUGGAUCCGAUUCCGCAAAAAUAUGCGAUCCACAGAUCCGGAUCCAAAGGUUUAAAUAUAAACCAAAAGCUGCAAAAAAAAAUUUUUUACUCUCAAACCCCAAGUCUGAACCGUUGAAAAAAAAGUGAGAUUAAAGAAAUUUCCUGAUCACUGAAUGGGUUAUCAAGUCUUAGCAUUCUAAUAAGCGAAGACAGGAAGAAUAAUAAUUUAAAUAUUCUGUUUUGUUAAAAAAAAAAUUGUAAAUCGUAAAGAAAUGUUCAUGACCUGGAUCUGGAUAUAUUUUUCCCCAUGCGAAUCUAUGAUCCUGAUCCGGAUCCAAAGCACUGCUGUAUUUACACUCUAGGGGUGAAGGUUUCACAGUUUUGCUCCCCUAUAUCUAUACAGGAAUAGAUUUGGUUAGUUUUUUAAGAUAAAAACAGUUCCAAGUUAGAAGGUGACGGAUGAAUGAGGAAGAUUCUAAUAAAGGGCCAAAAUCGAUCAUCCUUAAUCUGCAGAUAUAGUUAGUCCCCAGGAAAUAUGUUGAAGACGACCUAAAACUAAUCUAAAGCGUUUUUUCUGUUUAAAAGGUGAACAAUUCCUUUAUAUAACAAUCUGGGCUAACUGCAUUAUUCUUAUUUUCCCCGCAUUAUUUAUGUGGCUCACCGUUAUACUAUUAUACAAUAUACAAUCUACAAUUCAUUGUUUUUUUAAGCAUGGAUUAUUCAUUAUUAUUAUUUUUUAUCAAAUUUACAUUAAACCCCAAAAUUUACAUCCUACACCGAAAGUGUGACCGAAUCUUAAUUUUAAAUUGUCAGGUUGUAUUAGGUUUUCUUUGAACUAAGAACUCAAUAAAAUUGUCAAUUUUUGAUUUUAAUUAAUGUAAGUUGUGACAAUAUUUUAAAAGUUCUUUUUCAAAAUAUUCAUUGUUUUGUGUUUCUUCAUUUAUAUCACUUUAAAGUGUUGAUUUUAUAAAGAAAUAAUGAAAUAAAUUUCAUCUUAAAUUGUAAAAA